GGAAAAUCAGAAAGGAAAGGUACGAUAACAUUCGAUGAUGUCAUCGGGGGUUUAAAAAUAUAUAAAUGAAAAUGUAAGACCGAGAGCAGUAGUAUUUCUUAGCGAGUACAAUGAAGGCUGCUCUGUUGUUUGUUGUUGCACUGGUCGCAGUUGCAGUGGUCCAAGGACAACAAGAAGAGUCGACCAAUGCCACCCUCCAGGUUUUGGCAGAGCCGUCCGCCACCUUCUCGGGUGUGAGCAGACAGGCGGCGCCGCCGUACACGGAAGAAGACAGGGAAACCAUUUGUGUCCAGGCAGACAAGAAGUUCUACUUGUAUGCUAAUUCAGUGAAACUGUAUUCUUGCUACAACCUGCUACCGAAGGUUUACGUGGUGAAACCAAAGAGUCUAUGUAGCACAAAUCUGUCAGACUGUCCCAAGAACUAGGACUAUUGCAAGUCCGUUGUCCCAGCUUGAGGAGACUGACUCGUCUACGAUUGGGUGAAGACCAGAUGGCUGGCCUGCUGACUGAAGACAUCUACAAUAUUCUGAGAAAGCAAGAAAUCCCAAGAGCGACAGAACUUACCACUUUUUCUAGCAACAAGAACUGGAGGAAUCGACUAAUCCUGUUUCAUGAUAGUUUCUGAUUGCUUCACGACAUGCAAUAAAUCACACCAGCAUUUCAUUUAGGCGAGAAACUGACCCCAAAAACAUGUAUUUAAAAACAUGGUUUUCCCUAUUUUUUAUCUUUCUGUUGGCCUUGUAAUACUUUUAUACUGACGCAAUAAAACUGUAGUUUCAUGUC